AGCAGCGCAUGCAGCGCUACGGUGUCAGAGUCAGCAGCGAGGAUAUUCUGCGCUGCAAGACAUUGGCCGAACUGCAGGCACACACAACGUCGAUACACGACUCAGCUUCAAAUUCCUCGCAAAACACAUCGAAAAGAACCUCGGCUGAUACGGAAGCGUCGCUCAACGAGCCGGAACGGGUCUUCACGCCUACAAAGGGCCGGGAAAACCAAGAAUCUAUCUAUGGACCACCUCCAGAUAUUGACGUUUGGAAGGACGCGCCACCUCGGGAAGGACAGGGCGCUCAUCAACAGGCUGAAGAGCCGAAAUCGGAAAAGGCUCUCGGCAAAGAGCCCUCCAAUAAUGUUCAAAUCGAUCUGGACGAUACCGCAGAGCUUGUUCAGUUUCUGAGCUCGGUGGCUCGCGGCGAGUACUUCUGUCUUGUCAGAGCAUCAGCCGGCCCCUUUGAGCACCAACUCGUUGCCUUUGUCAGCACCCGCAACCAGUCCGCCAGUGAAGCCGAGGGUAUCUCGCUGCCCCCCGAACGCGAUUAUGAAGCAGUUGAAGGAAGAAUCAAAAGGUUCUACACGGCUCUGCGUGAAUGGGGCGGAAGUGUGCCUUGGCCUGACGUCUGGGUCCCCCUGCACUCAAUGAUUACCAAAAGCAAUGGCAAGCCUGCGACCCGAGCAUUGCAGUGGUGGCUGAGGAACUUGACGGAGGAUGUUGAAAAGCGUGUUUUGAGUCUUCAGCGCCUGCUUAGUCUGCAGCUCCUGGACCGACCGCCGAAAGGAGAGUCACAGAUUCAAGAACAGGCGCAGCAAGAAGCGCCGGUUGCGCUACCACCUCCAGCCCAGGAGCAACGCCCAGCUCCUAGCCGCGAACAGGCUGCGAUCGCUGAAGAUGAGUCUGGUCGUCUCGAGGUUCACGAGCAGAUGGCAGACACUCCCGACGAUGUAGAGUUUUUCCCUCUCUCUGCCAUGCAGCAGCUUUUCUUCCGCACCUCAAUGAACCUCAACCCCAAGCCCAACUCGAUCACCGAACCAGGAUGCCGAUUCAGUCAGAGCGUUCUACUUCGUGUCAAAGCUGACUCGGAAUCACCCGACGUUGAAGCUGCUGUCGAAGCAUUGGUCAAUCGCCAUUCUAUGCUCCGGUCUCGAUUUCGCCUCACGCGUGAGGGCUGGGCUCAAGUCAUCCUUCCCGAGUCGCGGAACACCUAUCGAUACGGUCAUCAUCAGGUCACGGACGAAAAUGAGAUUACUGGCGUUGUGGAACGCGCGCAUGCGUCUAUCAACCCCAUAAAUGGUCCUAUAUUCUCUGCCGAGCACAUCAGGGCAGGCGAUAAUCAGCAGUUCAUCUUCCUAGUAGCCCACCACUUGGCUAUUGACUUGGUUUCCUGGCGGAUUGUGAUUCAUGACAUGGACGAGCUCCUACGCGAGGGGACUCUGCUUUCUAACCCAUCGAUUCCCUUCUCGAACUGGAUAGAGUACCAGGGCUAUGAAAUGAGCCAUCGAUUGGUGCAGCCCAAGCUCCCUUUCGAGAUUUCACCGCCGAGUCUGGGCUACUGGGAUUUGGAUCUUGACGGCAAUGUGUACGGCAACACGCAGCAGUUUUCUUUUGCCCUCAACUCGGAGCUGACGCACUCACUGCGGACAGCUUGUCGCCAGGUCUUCCGUACAGAACCGGCAGACCUUCUAUUGACGGCUUUGCUUCUUUCAUUUUGCCAGACAUUCCCUGAUCGCGAGGCGCCGAUAUUGUGGACUCAGGAGCAUGGGCGCCAAACCAAGAACGAGGACUUCAACAUCGACGAGACUGUCGGAUGGUUCACCUCAUUAUGUCCCAUCAGCCUGAUGGCUAAUUCAGACUCGGACAUUAUGGAGCUGCUCAAGUUGAUGAAGGACACUCGCAAGGCGAUACCCAAUUCCGGUAUCCCCUUCUUCAACACUGAAUUUCUGACUCCUUCGGCGCCCUUCACUACCAUUCCCGUCGAAAUCCUCUUCAGCUGCGUCGACAAGAUGCACAAACUCCACCGCAAGAACGGGGUUUUGGAACCUGUCGCGAGGCCAGACCGUGUUGUCGAUACAGUCACCUCAGAUAUCGGCCCUAGCGUAGGCCGGGUUGCUUUAUUCGAGAUCUCCGUGGCAAUCGAAGACGCCGAGGCCAGGGUGGAAGCCGUUUACAUCAAGCCCCAGCGUCAAAACCGUAUCGAACAAUGGCUCAAGCAGUUCGAAUCAUUGGCUGUUGGCGCUAUUGGAAAGCUCAAGAUGACGGGCCCUGAGCUAACACUGGCCGACGCUCCACUUCUGAGAACUACGUACAGAGGACUGUCACAGAUUGCGGAGGAUCGUUUGGAGCAGCUUGGACUUGACAAUGUCGGCGAAAUAGAGACGAUCUAUCCAAUCAACCCAUCUCAGCAAGAGAUCUUGAUUGCACAGAGCCUCGACCCGGAAUCCUUUUGGAAUCAUGCCAUCUAUGAAUUCAGCACUUCGGAAAGGAAGCCUGUCAGCCAGGGCAAGUUGUGUGCCGCAUGGACCAGCAUUGUCGAGUCACACUCAGCACUGCGCAGUGUGUUCAUCGACAGUGUCACCGAAGACGGCCUAUUUGACCAGGUUGUUCUCAAAAAGAUUUCUCCUGAGAUGCUGUUUCUCGACAGCGAAAGCCCUGUCGAAACAUUGGAGAGUCUUCCAACGCUGAAAAUCUCGUCAACACGCCCUAAACACCGUUUUUCCGUAUGCAAAACGUCCGCGAAGACAUUUGUUCGCAUCGACGCUAGUCAAGCCAUUUGCGAUUCUAUCGCUAUCGACAAUCUCAUUACUCGCUUGAGGAUGGCCUACGCGGAAGAGACCGACGAAGCCGGCGACAACACCCUCCUAUUGCAAACAUGGUUAUAUCAAGCUACGACCUCGGACACAUCGCAGAUCCUUGAAAGCUGGCAAGGACUACUGGCUGACACUAAGCCUUGCAACUUCCCUGCACUGACAAGCAAGCCCAGCGAUCACAUACCGCCUCGUUCGCGGCCUUUCGGCCUCGAGGUGAAGUGCGCUGAGCUCCAAGAAUUCUCCAGACAGCGUGAGGUCGAGGUUGUUUAUGUCCUCCAGCUGGCAUGGGCCAUUGUGCUCCGCGUGUACGUGGGCAUGGAUCAUGUCACAUUCGGCUAUGAGGCCGCUGGAAGAGAUGAGAAACAAAUGCCCGGCAUCAAGCAAGAGAUUGGGAGUUUUGCUGCGCAGACACCCUGCACAGUUGAUCUGAAUCCUGGACGCACCAUCAUCGAGUGUCUGCAUAGCCUGGGCGAAGUUGCUGCCAUUGCAAGGCAAGGCCGCAACCCGACCAUGGCAGAGAUCCAACAUGCCCUGAAGCUGAACACCGACGACGUGUUCAAUACAUGCUUGUCAAUGAGGGACUUUGACAAUGCACGCCACAAGUAUCCCGAGUUGGACGCCGCGAGCUUCCGAGCGAACCUGGUCACGUCCUCGCGCACAUCUGACACUGAUCUGUCCAUGUCCACCAUGUUUAUCGACGAUCACCUUCACGCCGACCUCGCCUUCCGUCGCAUGACGCCUGCCCAGGCGCAGAAUAUUGUACACACAUUUGAGAGAGCCAUCCGCGUCAUUCUCGACACCCCCACGCAGAACAUUGGCACCGUUGACCUAUUCACUGAUCGCGACUAUGCUCAGCUCGUUGUUCAAGACUUCGAGUCCAACCCUGUUGGAGAUAAGGUCAACACGACACUGCCUCAGCUCAUUCUUCCUCACGCCCAGUCACGCCCUGAAGCGCCUGCCAUCUGCGCUUGGGACGGCAACAUGACCUACCACCAGAUGACCUACUGUGUCUCGACCUUGUCGACGUACCUCCGAAACAUUGGUAUCACGCCUGGAAUGCCUGUGCCUGUUGUUUUGGAAAAGAGCAAGUGGGCGCCUGUCAUCAUGCUCGCGGUUCUCAAGGCUGGUGGCACUGUCGUCAGCCUCGAUGCUCAUGAUCGCAGCGCUGUCGAAGCUUCAGUGAAACAGCUCAAUUCUCGCAUUGUCGUGGCCACGGAUUCGGCGUGGAAUGACAUUGUGUGCAUUGUUCCCAACCUGGUUAUUGUCAACGAGCGCUUCUUCUCCAUAUUACCACCCCAGGUCUCGAUUCCUGCACGGGACCCGACUCCUGAUCACGGUGCUUGCAUCAUCUACUCGCCCGGAAAGUCCCAGUCGGGCGCCUCAAGGAGCUUGUUCUUUACUCACGCUUCACUAUGUGCAACAUUCAAAGCGCAGGGCCCUGCCCUAAAGCUGAACAGGGACAGCAGAGUCCUGCAGUUGGCGGCGUUCAAUAUCGAUAUUGCCCUCGUCGAGAUCCUGGGCACUAUGGUUCACGGCGGUUGUAUCUGCAUCCCAUCUGCCAAGGAUCGACAGGACAAUCUGGCUGGUGUACUGGCCAGCAUGAACGUGACUUGGUCGUACAUGACCUCGACGCUUGCUCGCCGCAUUGACCCUGCGAAGGUCCCCAAUCUCAAGACUCUUUGCUUCCGAACUCGCCGGCUGGACGAAGACACGCGCAAGUCGUGGAUGCCGAACCGACAUGUCCUUUUGGCCUACGGAGCGCCGGAUAUUUGCCCUCUAGGCAUUUCUAUCGCCGAGAUUAAGGACAGUAACAACACUACCAUGAUUCCACAGCCGCUGGCGGGGAGAUUUUGGAUUCUCAAUUUGGAAGACCCCAAGAAACUGAUGCCGCUUGGUGCUGUUGGUGAGCUGGCAAUCGAUUGUCCGCUGCUGACGCCUCACAAGUUUGUUCCUGGGCAAAUCGCGGAGGCACCGUCUCGAACCGGCACUGCCGAGAGCCCAGGCAGGAUGCGCUAUCUCAAGACGGGUCACCGCGUGCGAUAUUUGGAUAACAAGAGCAUUCAGUUUCUCUCGAGCAUGCGCGAUGAUGUCUAUAUUGAUGGCACUCGCGUAUCCGUUUCUGACAUUGAGCAUCAACUUCGCCGAUGUUUGGGCUCCAAGUACGACAUCGUCGUGGAAUCAGUGACCACGCAUGACUCCAUUCAGCUUUUGGCUGCGUUCUUGGAACUCGGCGAUGACCUCGAAGAGGGCUCUGAAGAUCUCGACCAGCUUCGCGCCCGCACCAAAGAACGCACGCAACUAGCCAAAGCACUGCGCAGGGCCUCUUCGCCAACUGGAGGGGCGAAGGGGCUGGCUAUGGAACACAUCCCUUCAGUCUUCAUCCCAUUGAAGCAGUUUCCCAUCUCAAGCUCGCUCAAGGUUAACAGGCGCAAGCUGCAGAAAAUGGUAUCAAUUAUGUCCUAUUCACAAUUGAUGGGGGUUGCAACAACUGCCAAUGCUGAGGAGGCUGAGGCUGCCGAAAAGCCUUUGCCCUUGACACAUGUCGAGGAGCGCAUGCGGCACGUCUGGGCUGGAACUCUUGACAUCCCCCCUUCCAAGAUCAAGAGCAACGAUAGCUUUCUUCGGCUGGGAGGCGACAAAUACCUUGCCAAGAAGCUAGUGGUGGCAGCUCGCCGGUCGUCCUUGACCGUCACUCUGAACGAUAUCCUCGGUGGUGCCUCUCUGACAGAGGUUUGCCAAGCCAUGGCCGCCGCUGACAUCAAGCCUGCAGAAGUACGACGGUCGCCUCAACGCACCGAGAGUAUGAUCGACUCGUUCAAGAUCCCCAACAUUGAGGAAAACUUUGUCAAGGAUUACGUUGCGCCUCAGAUGAAGGUCCAUCAUCGAGAAGUGUUGGACGUUGUGGAGGCCUCGGCUUAUCAAAUCCAUGGUUUGGAAACUCGCAUGUACGGCAAGAAGGGCGGUAUCAAAUGCCUCGUCUUCAACUUUAACGGCUCGAUCCGUGCGCAGAAGCUGCAGACGGCGUGCGAGACUCUGUCCCGCUUGCAUCCCAUCUUCCGUACUGCCUUCGCCGUUCAUGAUCGUCAUGUCUACCAGGUGCUCCUGGACGGUUUCCGUCCUGAAUUCCAGCGGUACCCUUGCCCUGCGUGGUGUCUGGGCAGUGUUGCCGACAAUGUCAUCGCCGAGGAUCAAGAUGUCGACUUCAAGCCAGAGGAGCCUGCCACCAAGUUCACAUUCCUUGACGCUGGCCAGCAAAGUACCUUGAUCGUCCGCCUCAGUAGCGCGCAGAUUGACGAAGCUUCGGUCACGCUUCUUGUGCAGGAGCUUGCUGCGCUCUACGAAGGCCACGGCAAUGUCUCGUCCAGGCCCAACUUCUUCGAGUACACCCGCGCAGCUCAGGGAGCUAAUAACCAAUGCACCAUUGACUUUUGGAGGGAGAAGCUUGACGGCGCCAAAAUGACACAGUUCGUCGCUCAUGCGAAACCCUGCCCUCCUGCAUCUGACAUACAAACGCUGCGCCAAACCAUUCAGAUCGAUCCAGUCUCUGAGUAUGGGCUGAACUUUGGCACUGUCCUCAAGGCAGCAUGGGCGAUUGUGCUCGCCCAGUACGCUGCCUCUUCUGACGUUGUCUUUGGCGUCGUCACUCAGGCGCAGAAUAUUCCUCUGCCCGAUCGCUUUGAUACGUCCACCAUGAUUGCCCCCACGGCCAAUAUUGUCCCCAUGCGCGUCAGAUUCCCCGAUACGCAAGAGACGCCACUCGACUUUAUGCGUGUGGUGCAGGAGUCACGCACAGAGGCACGAGCCCAUGAGGGCAUGGGCAUUUUGGAACUCGUUCAGAAAUGUACGGACUGGCCCUACUGGACUCGCUUCAGUACCGUCGUGCACCACCGCCCCCAGCCUCCACCCGAUGGUGCCACUACCUUGAACAUGGGCGACACGACUUUCACCCACACGGUAAUCGAGCCGGGUAUGCAGGACCUGCCAGAUAUUCUGAUCCAGACCACUACCGACGGGCCUCAUACGGUCAACUUCGAGCUCAAGUACUCCGAGGGUCGUGUCCCAAGCAGCUUCGCAGAGGAUGCCCUUCGUGUGCUGACCAUUGCCGUUGACAUGAUCACCAGCUACGAUACAAUCGAGAAGCCAAUGGUGCAGUCUGCCAUAGAGAUCACUCGUUCAGCGCCCAAGAUCCCCGUCGCCUUUGGGUCCCCCAUUGUCGGAGGCGACACUCCCAAAGGCCAUCAAUCACUCCCUCACGACGAACGCCAAGCCCUGCAGUCCCUCAUAUCCGCCGUCUGGUCAGGCGUCAUUGACCCCAAGGCACUCGGCGUGCCAGAUGACCAAGUACACAAGGCCAACUUUUUCGAUCUCUGGGGCUCGGUGCUGCCCGCACAGACAUUUGCCGACCGCAUCAACGCCGAGUUCGUCAAGCAGCCCAUCAAGGGCCUGAACAAGCUCCGCGUGACGCCCGCGGAGAUUAUUGAGCAUCCGACCAUGGCAGCGCAGUACGAGCUGAUCGUCAAGAAGAUGUCGGACGCAGGUAUCGUCUCGAGCAUCACACGCCGCAAGCAGGUCAUGUCGUGGGCCAACGGACCCAACGGCGGCAACAAGUGGUCGUCCAACAACCAAGGCGCUGCUCGCAAGAGCACUCUCGGCCGCCUCCGCGGCCUCCAACACAGUGGUAGCGUCCGUGACCUCGGCUCCAAAGCAGGGGACUGGGUGCGUCGCCACCGCUCAUCGCACAAGUCACGCGACAGCGUCGGGUCCGGGCCAAAGGGCGUGAUGAUCAGCGAGCCUGUCCCAACUGAACUGCCCCCGCGUGCUCUGGAGCUGCAGCAUGAGUACAACGAGCAGAACGGAGGGCGUUCGACGCCCAUCCAGAAUGAGGGUCGAUCGUCAACACAGAUGAUACUGAGGUCGGAUACUCUUGGGCCAUUGAAUCCGCAGAGUGGAACGGCGCAGCAGCCAACGGAAUUGGCUGUUAGCCCCAUGAGCCCCUCGGCAAGAAGGGCGAGUGGUGACUCGAGCAGUACGAAUGAGGAGAGCCCAGUGUCGCCUCUGGGUCCAGCUUGGUUGGCUACAUGA